AUGUCCCAGUGGGUGCCAGCGAUAGCUGUGCUCCUAGCUGCACUCUCACAGGCAGAGAUCGGCAGCAGCACCAUGCGCACCAGCAGAGUUGCAUUGUGUUUGAAAGUCGGGGGCGGGGAGGAAGACCACCAGCGCAUACAGCAACGGUUUCUAUUCACGGGUCAUAAUGUAUCAAAGCUAGUCCUCAAAGGAGACGCAGUUCUGAAUGAGAAAAAGCUCCAAGAAGUUGACAGUUUAUGGAAAGAAUUUGAAACUCCUGAAAAAGCCAACAAAAUAGUAAAGCUGAAACACUUUGAAAAAUUUCAGGACACAACAGAAGCACUUGCUGCAUCCACAGCUCUUGUAGAAGGCAAGCUCAGCAAGAACUUGAAGAAAAUUCUCAAGAAAAUAGUGGCAAAAGAUGCCCAUGAACAGUUGGCUGUAGCGGAUGCCAAACUUGGAGGUGUCAUAAAGGACAAGCUGAAUUUGAGUUGUAUACACAGCCCAAUGGUUACAGAGCUGAUGAGAGGAAUUCGCUCACAGAUUGAAGGGCUUAUUACAGGUCUCCCUUCUCGAGAGAUGGCAGCUAUGUGUCUGGGUCUGGCACACAGCCUUUCCCGAUACAAGUUGAAAUUCAGCCCAGACAAAGUAGAUACCAUGAUUAUCCAAGCAAUUUCACUUCUUGAUGACUUGGACAAAGAACUGAAUAACUACAUCAUGCGCUGCAGGGAAUGGUAUGGUUGGCACUUCCCUGAACUGGGCAAAAUCAUCACAGAUAACCUAACAUAUUGUAAAUGUGUGCGGAAAGUUGGAGACAGAACCAAUUUUGCCUCCUCUGAUGUUUCUGACAUCCUACCAGAGGAGAUCGAAGAGGAAGUGAAGGCUGCUGCUGAGAUUUCCAUGGGGACAGAAGUAUCAGAAGAAGAUAUAAACAACAUAAUCCAUCUCUGUGAUCAGGUGAUUGAAAUCUCUGAGUAUCGGACACAGCUGUAUGACUACCUGAAGAACAGAAUGAUGGCAAUUGCUCCUAAUCUCACCGUCAUGGUGGGUGAACUGGUUGGAGCAAGGCUCAUUGCUCAUGCAGGUUCCCUCUUGAAUCUGGCAAAACAUCCAGCUUCAACAGUUCAGUUACUGGGUGCUGAGAAGGCACUCUUCAGAGCACUGAAGACUAAACGGGACACACCUAAAUUUGGCCUUAUCUAUCAUGCUUCCCUAGUGGGACAAACCAAUACCAAAAAUAAAGGAAAGAUUUCUCGAAUGCUGGCAGCUAAGACUGCCUUGACUAUUCGUUAUGAUGCUCUCGGAGAGGAUACUAGUGCUGAAAUGGGAGCUGAGAACAGACUAAAAGUAGAGACAAGACUGAGGCUUUUGGAAGAGAGGGGGAUAAGAAGAAUAAGUGGCACUGGAAAAGCCUUGGCCAAGGCAGACAAGUAUCAAAACAAGAGUGAAGUAAAAAUAUUUGACCCAUCUGGUGACUCUACACUUCCUGCUGUUUCAAAGAAACGCAAAAUUCAGGAGGUGGAAGAACAAGACACAGAAGUUGCUGUGAAAGCAAAGAAGUUCAAAGCAGAGAUGAAAGAAGAGACAACUGUAGAAGAUGAUGAACCUGUCAAAAAGAAGAAAAAGAAAAAGGAUAAGGAAAAGCAAGCUGAAGAAGACGAGGCGAGCCCCACAGUUGAGAAUACAGAGAAAAAGAAGAAGAAAAAGAAGAAAAUGAAAGAAGAGGAAGAAGACUGAUGAGCAGGGGGAAACAUUGCCCUUGGACAGCUGCUUCAGAGUGGCAUUUCUUGACAUAAUUUCUUUAGCCUCUUGCUGAAAACUGUAACUUCCUUGUGUUGCA